AUGGGAGAUGCUCAACGCUUUCACGUAUACAGCACACGAACAAGAAAUGCUAUCAUCAGUGAUGCAUUCGCAGCUGCGCUCGUAAACAAAGUUUCUUAUGAAACGGUUUUCGACCUGCUUCAGUAUCUGAUAGCUGAAAAGGAUUAUUUGCCUUGGGCAGAAGCAUUAAAUGGAUUUUUCACUGUGUUAGACUUUUUCGGCAAUGAACCAGAGAUAAUAUAUGCUCGGGUAUACAGCACACGAACAAGAAAUGCUAUCAUCAGUGAUGCAUUCGCAGGUGCGCUCGUUAACAAAGUUUCUUAUGAAACGGUUUUCGACCUGCUUCAGUAUCUGACAGCUGAAAAGGAUUAUUUGCCUUGGGCGGAAGCAUUAAAUGGAUUUUUCAUUGUGUUAGACUUUUUCGGCAAUGAACCAGAGAUCAUAUAUGCUCGGCAGUUCAUGCUCAAACUAUUGGAGCCAAUUUAUAGGAACAGCAGCUUCGAACACGUUGCAGCUGAAUACAAGAAUGACAAAUUGUUUUUUGAAAACCUUCUUGAACAAGCCGUGAUAGAAGCAUACUGUUCGCUUGGCUCUCAGGACUGUAUUGCGAAAUUCAAAAGUAUCUUUGAUACGCAAGUUCUUCAAAAAUGUCAGAGCAAGGAUGCAGUAGCAAGUCAAUGUUCUACGGUUGCUGCACCUCUGCGAGCCAAAACGUAUUGCUACGGUGUAAGGGAAGGAGGAGAGUCCGCAUUUAAUAAGGUAAAGGAGCUAUACAAAGCUGAAACUGUUCACAUCGAAAAAAACAUCCUCCGCGAU